AUGGAGAAUUUCAGUUACGUUAAGACAACACACACUUUCAAAGCAAUUAAGGGUGAGGAUCUUCGUCUCGAUGUAUUGUGUAGUCCUGAGCCACAAGCUCAAAAAAAACCGGCUAUACUUUUCUUCCACGGUGGAUAUGUGAUCACAGGGGAUCGCCAGGGAUACCCUCGAUGGCUACCGACGGAAGCCAUCCGCCGAGGCUGGACAUUCAUCUCGGCUGAUUACCGGUGUCUUCCCGAAUCAACGGGCCACGAAGUCAUUGCAGACUGUGUCGACGCCUAUCUAUAUGUUUCUCGAAUAUUAGCAAAAGAUAUUUAUAGCAUUGAUGAUAACCGCAUUAUUCUCGCAGGUGGCAGUGGAGGAGGAUACUGUGCUGUGGCUUGUGCGCAGCAAUUAAUCCGAAACUACAACCAUUCCCAGAGGGUGGCAAGUCGAAACACUGACAAAUAUACGCAUUUUCCAAGACCGGCUGCAGUUCUUGCACUAUAUCCAAUGGUCGACCUACUCUCUUCAUGGUGGACUGCUGAGAGCCACGAAGACAGCACAUUGUCAGCAAAAAAAAUGGAAUUAGUGCAGACAAAAAUUCGCCAUCGCAUAGCCAACGAAAAUUUCAGCUUCGGAGAAAUGUUUGCAGAGACUGAUGAAGAAGUUUAUGAGCAACCACGCUGGGAACUUGUCCGCUAUAUCCUGCAAUCUGCCACAUUCGCCGAUCAUCUCACCGGUAUCGACGGGUUGUGUGAAAAGUUGGCUUCCAAAUCGAUCUCUUCAUCGAUGCAGAUUCACCAGGAAAAAACUUCUAGUCCGGAAUCAUAUGAGCAGCUAAAAUCUGAUCUUGUCCCAGAAAAUGCACGGAAGCUUUUCCCGGUCGAUUUUGAUAAUAUGUCCUCUGAAUUCCCACCUUUAUUUGUUGUGCACGGCCAAGGUGACAGAGAUGUGCCUCUAGAAGAUAGCAAGGUACUUGUCAGCAGGUGUCACCAAUUGAAUGUACCGGUACAGUAUUGGUGGUUAGAAGGACUUGACCAUUGUUUCGACUUUGAGUAUAGCGAUCUCGAAAAUUCUACUGUUGGCAUAAAUGAUGUUGGCCUUGUGGGGUUGAAGAGCAUUGUCUCUGCGUUGGAAAGUUUGGUGGGUAUAUAA